AUGGACCGGAUCCAGGCCGCCAUCAAGCGGCAGAGCAAGGCCGCAACAUCGUCGGGCGGACGCCGUUUGCUGCAAUGGACUGACCAUGAAUGGAAAGUGUUCCAAAAGACUCCUCCAUUUGGAGGUUUGGUUGAGCGCCUUGUGCCGAUUCGUCCGCCACUGUCGACGUUGUAUGAAGUGCACUACGACACCACGUUCAAAGGCGCCACCCCCACGGACCUCAUGGAAGCUCUCAUCGAACAGGCGAAGCGGGGGAAUCUGCUCAACGUAGCCACAGUUAUUGACGCCUCGGGCAAUGGUUUAUAUUACCACGAACGAGGGGAAUGGAACGAUUGGGACGUCGAGUACGUCAAACUUCUCGCUGAUCCCGACGCCGAUGCAGGCCAUGAUGCGUCACCAACCGACAUUGUUCCAUCCAAAUCGUUCGUGGGCAAGUUUCUCCAGAGCGUGCAACAACAUUUUGCCGGCGACCGACGGGACGAAAACAUCGCCGUGUUCGGUGCACGUGGGUACAACACAGCGGCGUUUCUGAUCGUGUGCUACCUGGUCGAACUGAAAGGCAUGUCGUUGAACGAUGCCUUGGAGACGUACAAGCGGAGCAACCCCAUGGGUAUUUACUCUACUCCAUGCUUGGAAGGACUCUACAAGCGGUACUACUCGACGCUCAAGCCGCAAGGUCUCCGCAUUCGGCGAUCCGACCCUCCGUCGUGGGACCCAGUCGCUGUGGAUGACUCACCAGAAGUUGUUGGCGCCGACAUAUUGACUGACGAGGACAUGGCGCACCCUUUCGUCCGCAGCAGCCAUGCACCACCCCCAUCAGCCCCUGUGCAACCCCACCAUGCACCCCCAAAUGCCGCAUCUGCUUCGGCAACGUCGCAUCAACUGAGCUACCGACCAGCGGUCGCGCCAGUCUUCCGCAUGCCCGAGGCAAAGAAAGCGCCGACGAAAAAACGAAAGAUUCGAACGUGGGAAGACGAAGUCGAACCGUUUGCGUUUGGUCAAGCUGUACCCGUCGCGUCCGCUGAGCACGAACGACUUGUGGCAGUCAUUGCAGAGCUCACGGGCGGCGCAUCCGACGGCUUUCCCGGCUGCGAAGCAACGUCGCUGACAAUGAUUCACAUUCGAGACCCUGCAAAGGGCGAGCUAGGCACCCUGACAAAGGAGUACCUGGUCACAUGGCGCGCCCGAGGGAAGCGGUGCUUGAUUCUGGCGCUCAAGGACGCCAACUACCUUGUCUCCCGCGCCAUGACAUUCACCAAAAUCAACGUCAAAUUUCCCCGCAAACGAGCCUUGCACGAGAACACCGACAAGACUCUUGUGGAUGGCGUGCUCGUGGAAGACCGCGACGGAGACAAUGGCGUCGUUCUGCGCUUUCUCGCGUUUGACGUGAUUGCGUGGGAAGGGUCGCCUGUGUACAAGAGCAAGCUCGAGAAACGAUUGCAGUGCCUCCAGAACGAGAUCAUUCUUCCUCGCAAGGCGGACAGAGCCCUGGAAGGGGCCGAGGAGACGUUCCGCGUCCGAAUGAAGGACCACUUCCGCCUGGAGAAGACGGAGCACCUACUGCGCAACUUCAUUCCCAAGGUCACCCACAACGUGGAAGGGUUAAUCUUCACACCCAAGCAAGCGGCGUACGGUGUCGGCGGGUUCGAAGCGGACGCACCCGUGUUUAAAUUUGUCGGGACCGAUGCCAUGGGUGGACUCGACGGGAGUCUGACGGAAGCGCAGCUGCUGCAGCACAUCCAGCGCAUCCCAAAGUAAUUCUUUGUACUCACACGACCAUGGAUAUGAUGUACUGAGCUGUUACAACGACGACGGAUUAAUCAGCGUUUCGCUUGGCGGAGUCGGCGCGGUAGUUGGCGCGACCGUACUUGGCCUUACGUUUUGAUUUUUUCUUGGAACUCGGUGACACGGCCGUCGUCCACUCGUCGUCGUCGGCGGAAGCGUUCGACGGCGAGUCCAACGAAUGGUUGCUCGAGUGUACAGACCGCGCCGACCCGCCGCCGUCCGAGUCCUGAUGCGAUCGUGUACGUUGAUGGCGUUCGUGGUGGUUGCUUCCGUCGUGGGCUCCCUCCUCGGCCGACGUAACGCUGCUUCCAGCAUGGGGGUGGCGAUGAUGGAUGUGUUUGUGUUUCGGAGUCCGCGCACGGACAUCUUCGGCACGGGCGGCGGUGGUCAAAGUAGUCGCAGCUUCUUCUUCGCGGGGUUCUUCGACUUUCGAUGUGCUUUCUUGUGGAUACCGUUCCUUUAGUCCAGUCUUCCGUGGAGUGGUGGGGUGCGUGACCUUGAGCACCGUCCGCUGCACCGUGCACGUUGUCGGAGGAACAUAUUCCUUCCUUGGAGUCAAGAGACCAUUCAAGUCUUCGUCCAGCGGUGGACCCGAUCGGCAGCACCCGCACAACUGAUUGCCCAUCUUCGUCCGUCGUCGUCGGCUGGCCACCGUGUCGGGAAAAAGAUUUCGACGGGGCGAC